GUUAACGUCGUGGCAUGUUUCGAUGAAGGAUGUCAGAAGAUUCCGGCCGCCUGGUCGCUCCGGAUGAUCGUCGUAUCGCAGUUAAUCACCGGAUCGCUGCUGGCCGGAGGAUUCAGCAGCACGCUUACCUCUUAUCUGGCGAUACGAGGGAACUCGGUGCCAUUGGCCAGCCUCGAAGACGCGUCGCGGCAACGGAGUCACUCGGUUUGCGUGAGGAACGACAGCAGCGCCUACAUCCACUUCACCGUGAACGGAUCGCCGUGGGGCGAGAUGAAGCAGGAAUGGAGGGAUCUGGUCAAUAACGGAUGCCCGGACAUGAGAGACACCGGCACGCUGGACUCGAAGCUGUGCAACCACGGUUUCGCCUACCUGGAGGUCCCGGACGUGUUCCUACCGAUUUACCGGCGAGUCCGAAACGCCUGUCGCAUCGUUCAGACGCCUCGUCGUUACUGGAGAAUGAAGAUCUCGUUCCUGCAUGCCAGGUUCGGGGAACAACGACGCGUAAUAGACACCUACCUGAUGAGAUUACGAUCGGCGGGAAUACUGAAGUAUCUCGAAGGGAAGUGGAUGUCAGAAGGGAUACGGAGCUCGGGAGUGGACGAGUCGACAGUUCAACCGGUCGAAUACGCUCAUGUUCAUCUGCUGCUGUUGGGACUCGUCUACGCGUCGGCGCUGAGCUGUCUCGUCUGCGUUCUCGAGAACGUUUGGCACAAACUUUGCGAACGGAACACGCAGGGAAGUCGUUUAAUUCCUUCUUUAUUUGAUUUACAUGUGCGCCGUUACCUCGGUAAAUAUCUCGAAUAACAUU